AUGUCGCGAGUGGUGUCGAAAGUGACGGCGUACUUCAGAGCGCACUCGGCGGCCGAAUGGAGACACUAUUUCCUGUCGACGCAUUUCUGGGGACCCGUCGCCAACUGGGGACUUCCGUUGGCCGCUCUCGGAGAUUUGAAGGUGACGGCGUCCUGUGAACUCUUUCGAAUAAUCGCUCUUCGAUUUCAGAAGAAUCCGGACAUGAUCAGCGGUCCGAUGACGUCGGCGCUGCUCGUCUACUCGAGCGUUUUCAUGCGAUUCGCGUGGCACGUGCAGCCGAGAAAUCUCCUGCUCUUCGCUUGCCAUUUCGCCAAUUUCAGUGCGCAGGGAGCUCAGGUGACGAGGAUUCAUAAAGAAAAAUACAAACGGCGUCGGUUUUCAGUUGUCUCGCUUCGUGAACCACAACUAUUUGCACGUCUACGAGGACCCGGUCCACCACAGAUUGAUGCUGAAAAAGGAGAAAUUGGAGCACGAGCACGAGCCGAAAAACAACUGA